CCUUUUCCAAUGGCUCCAGUCUACAAGAAUAAAUGUUAGAUGGCGAGCAUCUCUGGUCGGCUUUCUCCAGUGGAUACUGCAAUGACAUCCCAAAUGGCCCAGAAUACAGGACAGGGACGGCAGCGACAUAACACGACUGGAGGGUCUUCAUCAGUGGUUUCGUCUACAGCCACCUCCUUCAUCUGUUUCUUUACCCUGCUUUCAAUGAUGCGCUUGCCAGUAGCAAAAGCGGACUGCUGGCUUAUUGAAGGGGAGAAAGGCUUUGUGUGGUUGGCUAUUUGCAGUAUGAACCAGCCUCCCUAUGAGGCCAUCCCUUCCCACAUUAACAGCACUAUUGUGGAUCUGAGGCUGAACGAAAACAAGAUACGGGCGGUCCAUUAUUCUUCACUCAGUCGCUUUAGCAACCUCACCUAUCUGAACCUGACCAAGAACGAUAUCAGUUAUGUGGAAGAUGGAGCAUUUUCAGCACAAUUUAAUCUGCAGGUUCUCCAGAUGGGCUUUAACAAGUUGAGGAACCUGACAGAGGGGAUGUUGCGAGGUCUGGGCAAGCUGCAGUACCUUUACCUGCAAGCCAACCUCAUUGAGACUGUUACCCCCAACACCUUCUGGGAAUGUCCCAAUAUAGAGAAUAUAGACCUCUCCAUGAACAGGAUCCAGCUGUUGGAUGGCAGUUUGUUCUCUGGACUCGCUAAACUGACCACCUGUGAACUUUACACUAACCCCUUCAACUGCUCUUGUGAGCUGCUGGGUUUCCUUCGCUGGCUUGCAGCCUUUCCCAACAGGACCAGUGAGAGGAUGGUGUGUGACUCUCCUCGUGGAUUCUCGGGGUACUACCUUCUGAACCAAAACCCCCGCCUGCAUAAUCAACGUAGUGCUCUGUAUGCACUCAGUCAUGUGUGCACUGAUGUCGACAGUAGCAUGCCAUCCAUCUAUGUUAUUGAUUCCACAACUCCUUCGCCAGAGUUUGCCUCUCCAUGCGGACUGGAUGAUUGUGCUUCCGGGACCCCUCCUGAUGAGAUGAUCAACGUGAGUCCCAUUUUCCCUGAUCCCAAACCCAUAAUGACGAUAAAGCAGGUGCUACAUUCGAGCGCUGUGAUCACGGUUCAGAUUCCCGAUCCAUACAAGAAAAUGUAUAUCUUGAUGCUUUAUAACAAUAGCUUCUACACAGACAUUCAGAAUCUGAAAGAUAAAAGAGAAGACAUUGAGCUAAAAAACUUAAAACCAAACACUGACUACACAUACUGUGUGGCUUCGAUACGAAACUCCCUGCGCUUCAACCACACCUGUCUGACCAUCUCAACUGGCCGUCGAGCCGGAACCGAGAAAAUGGCCAAUCAGUCAUCAGCCACCCAUUACAUUAUGACAAUUUUAGGCUGCCUGUUUGGAAUGCUGGUGUUCCUUGGCUUUGUUGUCCACUGUCUGAGGAGAAAGAGGAUCAUGGAGGAAAAGGAGAGGAAGAUGAGCAGAAUCCAGAGGACUUUGAUAGAGCUAAAGUAUGGAGGAGAGGGGGAUAUAGAGGGAGGGAGUGGAGGAUCUGUUUCCCAGAAGCUUGCUGCUGGGGACAGCCUGUCCAGAAUGCCCUACCUACCUCAGGGUGGUGAGAUAGAUCCAUACAAGCUUCAGGAGGUGAUAGAAACACCGCCACACAAACCUCCUAAACUCAACUAUAUGGAGGUCAGAGGUUCUGACAUUGAAAGGGAGAGAGAACGAGAGAGGGAAAGGGAAAUGUCACCACAAGCAAAUCCCCAAGGCUCAGUUGCAGAGAUCUCUACCAUUGCUAAAGAAGUAGAUAAAGUUAACCAGAUCAUCAACAACUGUAUAGAUGCUCUUAAAUCUGAGUCUACCUCCUUUCAGCAGGGGAUCAAGUCCCCGUCUUCGGCAGGUGGAGGAGCUGUUUCAACAGCAGAGCCACAGUUGGUGCUUCUGUCUGAGCAAGGAGAAAGGGAACGAGGAGGUGAGUUCCUCUCCCCGGUGUAUAAAGGGGGGAGGGGAGGAAGAGAGGAGAGGGGGAGAAGUUAUCAUCACUCAUUACAGCGACACCACAGCGUGGAGGCUCCGCCAACUUCCAAGAGGCCCAGUACCUCGUCCUCUCCUGGCUCUGCCCGGAGCCCUCGUUCCUUCCGCUCAGAGGGAGGGUACCACUCAUCUGAGUCCCGAUAUAUUGAGAGAACCUCACCAGGAGAGAGAGGAGAAAGGGGAGGUGGUGGAGGAGAGCCCAUCCGCACCGUCACCCCAGCUGCAGCUAUCUUACGAGCUGAAGCCCAGAGAAUUCGGCAGUACAAUGAACACCGUCACUCCUAUCCUGGCUCCCAGCAGCAUCUCCAGGAGCUGCAGCACCACCCCCAGAUCCUGCAAGAGCUCCACCACCACCCAGGGGCCCGUAAGCCUUCAGUAUUAGACCCCCUCACUCUCAGCAGGCAGGCCAAGCAGAGGGAGUUAGCCUACUCCCAGCUUUCACCACACUACCCACUCUCGCCGCAGUACCACAACCUGAGCUACUGCUCCAGCCCCGAGGAAGAUGAGGAGGAGGAAGGGCUCCUCUGCACCCCGACCCUGGGGCUGUGGGAGAGGUUCAAACUGCAUCGUAAGAGGCACCGGCAGGCAUCAAUGGAAGAUGAAGGAUACGUGGCAGCCGGACAUGCACUGAGGCGAAAGGUUCAGUUUGCCAAGGAUGAAGAUCUCCAUGACAUACUGGACUACUGGAAGGGUGUGUCCGCUCAGCAAAAGGCCUGAUCCCACGUGAGGAGACCCCACAUAAUAUGAAGAUGGAAAAUAAACAACAGUGCAUCCAUGACAUAUUGAUACAUAUACACAGACCUAUUCAAUAAGAAGCUGUAAAUACAUAAAAUGCACACAACUUACAGGAUCUACAGAAUCCAAUUGAAACAUAUGUGUACACACACAUACACA